AUGAUGGAAACUAUGGGUGAUCCAUAUGAUCUUCUGUUCGGUGACGGACAAAUGUCAUUCACAUCUGACAGCUUACUUUUCAGUAAUGAAGUUAUGUUCAGUAACUUUAACUCGGAUUCAUCUUCAACAAGUCCUAUAUCAAAUACUUUAGAUCAUACAGAAAUUGAUUUUGAUCCUACAACUUUUAAUCCCGCAGAUUUUGAUUCUAAAGAUUUUGAAAAAUUAGUGAGUCAAUUAUUUUCAUCGGAUCCAAUGACUCAAGAACAAUCAAUUGAUCUUUCAUGUGCACCAUUACAAUCCGAAUCGAAUAAACGUGAUUUUGGUACUGAUCCAAUGGAAUCAAUGUCAACAACACGACCACUCAUUAUCAAAACACCAAAUAUGAAUCAUGUAUCAAAUACACCAAUUUUUGUUAUUCGAACAGCAAAUAAUAUUACAACAACAACAACAACAGAUAAUUCUCUACCUAUAACAACAGUUUCAACAGAUUGUUAUAAUUUACAAAUUGAUACUUCAUUAUUCCCAACAAUGGAUUGUCAAAUGGAAGAAACACCUCCUUUAACUCCAUCUACAUCACCAGAUGAAUCACCAGAUGAUGGAAAUUCCAACUCACCGGUUGAUUAUCAAGAGAAUAACUAUUCAAAAUUAUUAACUAAUUUCGAUAAUUUACCAAGUACAGGUCCAUUAAAAUUAACUAAUGAAGAAAUCAAAUUAAUCAAACAAGAAGGUUAUCAAGUUCCAACUAAAUUACCAUUAAAUAAAACGGAAGAAAAAAUGAUAAAAAAAAUACGACGAAAAAUCAAAAAUAAAAUAUCAGCACAAGAAAGUCGCCGAAAGAAAAAAGAAUAUGUUGAAGAUCUUGAAAAACAAAUGCGAGAAAUUGCUGAUGAAAACAGAUUACUUAAAGAACGUAUGGCUACCGUUGAAAAAAAUCACAAAUCAUUACAAAAAGAACGAGAUUUACUUCGCUCAAUGAUUGGCAAAGCAGCACCUGGAUCAAGCAAAGUUUUAAUGGUUUUUGCUGUAUUCUUUGCCGUUCUUUUUGGUGUUUGGUCACCUAUUACAAAUAAAGCUUCAGUUGAUGAUAAAUUCUUAUCAUUAGAAAAUGCAUUAACACCCUCAAAUAAUCAUCAAUCUGCAUAUAUAUCAGAAAAAUCUUUAUAUGAACAACAAGAAACUACUCAUUCAAAUCAUCAUAAAUCUCGAGUACUUUUAUCUGCUGAAGAAUAUGAUACUCAUUAUCAUCAUCAUCAUGACUCAUAUUUACCUUCGAAUUAUCAAUAUAAAUCAGUAUUUCAACAAGAUAGAACUGCACCUGGUUAUUCUCAUUCGGAUUCAGUUGAAAAAUAUAUGAAUAAAAAAGUUAAAUCUAAAGAAUUAGAUAAAACAACAGGUUUAAAACGACAAUUAACAAAUGAUCUUAUGGAACAACCAUCCUAUAAAAAAUCACGUUCAAAUUAUCAUAUCAAUGAAAAUAUUGUUGCUAUGGACGAAACAAAUGAAGGAAUGGAUAAUGUUUUUAAUGAAAAUAAAACAAUGAAAAUUAUUCGUGUUGAACGAACAACACCAGCAAUUGUAAACGAUACAUUAAAAUUAUCCUACCGAAAAGCGAAUGAAUAA